UUCUUACGAACGCCUAGGGUUUCAAGAGCGCCAAGGGUUUGAUCGAUGAGCAAGAAUAUGGAUAGCAGCAAGUGGUUGGCUUCAAUGUUGUCCUUCCCCGGCAAUAAGAAGAAGAAGAGUUCGUCUAAGAGGAAGAGGAAGAGGGAGAGUAAGAGAUCUCAGGAGGAUUUCGAGUACUUCAAGGAGAUGUUGAAGCUUAGUUCUAAAGAGUUAAAGGAUAUGAGUCAGCUUAGUUCUAUCGAUGAUGCUUUUCAUCUUUCAUGGGAGUCCUUUUCUCAAGUUGCAGUUCUUUUUAUUAAAUCAAGGAGGUCGCCUACUCUUAACGAAUUUAGGGAGUGGGAUGUGUAUACCAGAGCUUUAUAUCUUAAAGCGCGUUCUUCCCGUGAGGGCAAACCACCUGUCAGCUACGAGUCAUUGAAGGGACCAAAGAAUAUGGAGCCCAUUGAACCCUCUUCAGAAGAGGAGGAAGAUCAGCAUAUGGAGUCCACUCAACCCUCUACUAAAGGGAGAGAUGGUUGGAUUUAUGACUGGGUGAUGCCGUAUGUUGACGGGCCAAUCAAAUUCGGUUCUUAUUCUUCUGAGACUAAACCUACUGUUAUUCCUCAUCAUUUGUAUCUGCUGGUUAAGGAAGCAGCUGAUAUCAUGAAGCGUUCUGACUGGCGCAGCGACCCUAAUGAUCUCAAAGAUUUGGCAACGGUUGAGAAAAAAAUUCGGUUUUUUUGCUACUACUUCUUCUCUCAUCUGCCAACUGACUGGGAAUACAACCGGGACUAUGCCAGCAAAGAAGUUGAAAGCUAUGACACCACGCGUGAGCCUAAAUAUAAUAUGUCCGGUUACACACCUAUCAACUCUUUUAGAGGCGAAGAUGUCGAGCUUGAGUGUGAUGAGUAUAGCUCUCUCUCGCGACAAGACAUGAUUGCUAUUAUGUAUAUGAUUCACUCACGGGAGACGCCUGCAAUUUCAAAAAUGGUCCCGCAUCAGAUAAAAUUCUAUUGUAGAAUGUGUUCCUGUUUUGGUAUUCAAUACCAUCGUUUAGAGGACGCCUCUGAGGAUGAUGUGUGUUUGAUGAAUGUGGGAUUACACUCCUAGUUUCCAAGUGUUCCACCAUGAUAUUUCCAAGGGACUAUGAACAUGUUUAUGGUACACUAACGAAAAACUAGAUCUUUUCUUAUGAUGUUAUAAUCAAUGGUAUAUUUUAUGCAACUCAUUUAGCGGUUUUUGAUUGUUAA